CUGCCAGGCUCCCUGUGUGUAUGUGCGUGCGUGUCCAUCGAUGCAUCUGCUUGCUCAAUCGGUGUGUAUGUUGGAUGCAUGUAUUUGGGUGAUACUCCCUCCCGGACACAGAGGAAAGGGCAGCGGACAAAUACAAAGCCACCAGAGCUGGGACAUCAAAGAGGAGACAGAAGGACAUGGGACGGAACAAGUUGCAAGGGCCAAAAGAGGAUUGUGUUUACGAUUGUAGAGGAGAGUUUUUAAACGUCCUAUCAUGGUAUCAUAUACCCGCCGCAGCAGACAGAGCAGGACCUCUCAGCUCUCUUGUCUUUUCUCAUCAUUUCCUGUUCCUUGCUUUCAAAAACCUCUUAGGCGGUUCUGCUAGAAAUGUCAGAUUUUCUUUCUGUCAAACCUUUUUUAGUGCAGCUUUUGGACUACAUAUUUUUUGAUAACACUCAUCAAUGUCCUUACUACCGUCUCACUCCUGCUACCUUCCGACAAAGCUUUUACCAGCCCUCCUUUUGACCCUUUUUGAAUAUUUCUCUCUCAUUCUCUUAUCGUUUCAAUUCUUAUCUUUUGGAUGGAUAGCUACUCUCUCCUCUACAGUUCCUCCCACAGAACCGGACUUCUUUCUGGUUUCCAACGCCUGCGCGCUCAGACAAACAUGUGUGAUGUUGUCCUUGAGGCUGGGGGUGUAUGUUUCCCUUGUCAUCGUGCCCUUUUGGCCAGCUCCAGUGAGUAUUUUUGGGCUCUGUUCGGAGAGACUACCUUGGAGAGAUUAGCGGGAUCCGUUAGCCUCCCGGCAAUAACACCUGAGGGUUUAGACGCCAUUUUGGACUUCCUGUAUUCUGGUUGGCUCAAAAUAUCAACACCGUCACUUCCUGAUGUCUUGGAAGCAGCCAGGUAUUUGCAGGUGGAGACAGCCGUGUCUAUAUGUGAGCAUUUUGUGACUGAUAGUUUGAGCCCUUUGAAUUGCUGCUGCUACGCUAACCUGGCCGAGCAUCACUCCCUCCCAGAUGCAUUUGAAGCUGCCAAUCAAACCAUCGCUAUAGAGAUGAGGACAUUGCUCCAGGAAAGCAGGGAUGACCUUCUCAGGCUGAAUAUCCAAUCACUGAUGGCUGUGCUUGAAGCAGACGAGAUACCUGGUGUCAAAGAACAGGAGCUCAUAAAGCUUGCUUUGGAUUGGCUGGAUAUGAAUGGGCCCCUCCCUUUGCUGAAAUCAAAUCUUUUGCUGAGUCAUCUGCGCUUUGGAUUGGUAGCCCCCUCUGACCUCACCAGUCUUAGCCACACCCACAAAGCCAUGGCCACACCUCUUGUCAGAAGUCAGCUUACUCGAGCAUUGGAGUACCACAGGAUGGGUUCAGCUCAGCCAAUCAGACAAAGCAAACAGUCGACACUCAGAGCUUCGCCCAAUUGUGUGCUGCUUGUGGGUGGAGGAUCCAGCCCUGAUUGGCCGGAACAGCAGAUGCUGAAGUUUGAUCCUAGAAGAAGGAAGUUUUCAUCUCUGAGUUCCAGUCUCCCGCUCCGACUGAGAAAUCACUGCGUGUGCUCAGUGGGAGGUUUCCUUUUCGUGAUUGGAGGAGAGGAAGUGAAAGAGGGAGAUGAGAAUGGGAAAAAGUCUGUCAUCGUGUCAACAUCCAACCAGGUGUGGCGCUAUGAUACCCGCUUUGACUGCUGGGAGACAGUAGAGUCCAUGAGGGAGAGGAGGGAGAAGUUCACCUGCUGCGUUGUGGAGGAUGCUAUUUAUGUCAUUGGGGGACGACACACACAACCAGAAGACAACACACACACCUCUGUAGCUUCUGUUGAGUUUUACGACAUGGCGACAGGAACAUGGAGAAGAGGAGCAUCUUUGCCUUGUCCCCUUUACGGGCACGCUUCUGCUGUGCUUAAUAACGGCAUCUACGUGUCAGGUGGUCUGCCAGGCAACCAGGACGGUAGUAACCAUGGUGAUUACCAGGAUGAACAAAGAGAGAGCAGCAGAGAAGUAAUGUUCUGGGACCUCAAGGGAAGAGUCUGGGAGAAGCGAGCGCCAAUGUCCAUCGCCAGGUUCAGUCACCGUCUAGCAACCGCCCAAGGCCAAAUCUACGCCUUGUUGGGAAUGUACGAGCCUUUCUGCGAUAUUGAAAAAUAUGAUUCACAGGUGGACAACUGGACCCGCCUCCGACCACUUCUCAUUGGCUCCUUCAACUACGGGAUGGUGUCAAUGAUGUCUGGGAAUCUGCUGGUGUUUGGUGGAAGGAGAUGGAGUGAUGGACAAGAGGUGAUUGUAAAAAGUGUGUUGGAGUACGAUACGAAGAAAGAUCUUUGGAGAGAGAUCAGCCAACUCCCAAAACCUCUCACUGGGACUGAGUGCACACUGCUGUCGCUACCAGACUAAAGAGUGCAUAAUAUAUACACAUGAAAGUGAGACAAUUUUCACUAAUAGCAGAACAAUCUCAACAUUAUGAAAGCCGAGCACACAUGAUAACUUUUAAGGAAACUAAAACUAUUUAGUUUCAGACAUGAAAUCAAUGUCCUGCCUAAAUAGACGAGAACAGAUGUCAAUUAUUCCAGGAUAUUUAGGAACAUUUCAAACAAGUACAUUUCAAAAUACAUUUAUAUUUUUUCUUAACUUACUCUUUUACUUAUUAUUUAUUUUUAUAAAUGUGAUGGGAAGGAAGCCAGAUACUGUUAUAGACUGUUAAUCAUGAAGCUAACGUUAGCUUAACAUCAUUAGCUGAGCAUUAUUUUUACUCUUUGGUUCUUGUAUGGAUUAUACAUAUCACAUAGCCUACAAUUUGAGUAUUAGAGGAGCUUGUAGGCAGAUUGUGUUCAUGUUUCACUUUGACAAAACAAGCAAGGCUAGCUUUUCUUCCUUCGUACCACAUUUAUGCUAACCUACCUUAGUCUAUGAAUAUUGAUUAAAGGGGACCUAUCAUGCUAUAUUUGAAUAAUAUAUUGUAGGGCCAUACCUAUAG